AUGACGGCUCUCAGGUACUCCCGGCUUGUCUCUGCUGUUUUACGUUCGUCUGGGGCCACAGUCAAGCGAAAAGGUGGCUCCGCCCCUUUGCCCACACCUGCAUUCAUGCUGCCCGCGCGCCUAGCUCGCAGGCUUCUCUGCGGCUUCUUGAGGGGACCCACUCCCGCUGUAGCGCGUAACGGCGUCCGGGAGACGCUCCUCGAGAGGAGAUGCGCUACCGAUUACUCCUCCCGAUACCCAGCGAGCCUGGGACGUGGCCUUCCUCGUGGCGCGACGGCGACUGGGGGUAACCCAGGAGGGGCUGACCUGGAGGAGAGUUUUCUGUUCCCUGAGUACGUCCUGGAUUCAGAGUCGGAAGCGACCCUCCAGGACCAGCUGCGGGAGCUGCAGCAGCGGCAGGAGGAGGAGAAGAGACGGAUAGAGCAGCAGCGAGAGGUUAGACGGCAGCAGAAGUUAGGCGCCGGCCGGCGGGUACACCAAGUGGUGGGGCACCCGGACCCGACGGUGCCGCCCAGCGGCCAGAACUGUUCCGGGUGCGGUGCGGAGCUGCACUGCCAGGACCCCGGCGUUCCCGGCUACCUACCCAGCGAGAAGUUUAACAGCGCGUUGGCGGAGGAAGGGGGGCUGGAGCGGACUGUAUGCCAGCGCUGCUGGCUGCUGGUGCAUCACCGGCGCGCCCUGCGCCUUCAGGUGAGCCAGGGACAGUUCCUGGAGCUGGUGAGCGCCGCGCUGCGGCGGCCCGAGCCAGCUCUUGUACUGUACAUGGUGGACCUACUGGAUCUGCCCGACACCCUGCUGCCCCACCUGCCCGCCCUGGUGGGCCCCAAGCAACUGAUCGUGCUGGGAAACAAGCUGGACCUGCUGCCCCAAGACACUCCCAACUACAGGCAGCGGCUCCGGGAGCGACUGUGGGACGAAUGUAUUGGCGCCGGGCUCCUGCCGCCCCGCGGCUACCGAAGAGCUCAAAGUCCCAGUGGGAACCGGCCACGGGGCGGGGAGGACAAUGCGAAUCUUCCGCCGAAGUCCCGCACGGUUCUCAGAGACGUGCGGCUCAUCAGCGCCAAGACUGGUUAUGGAGUUGAGGAGUUGAUUUCCGCGCUCCAGCGCUCCUGGCGCUACCGCGGCGACGUCUACCUGGUUGGCGCAACCAACGCUGGCAAGUCCACUCUUUUCAAUACGCUUCUGGAGUCCGAUUAUUGCAUCGCCAAGGGCGCUGAAGCUAUCGACAGGGCCACCAUCUCUCCUUGGCCUGGUACUACGUUAAACCUUCUGAAGUUUCCUAUUUGUAACCCAACUCCUUACAGAAUGUUUCAAAGGCAAAAAAGGCUUAAAAGAGAUGCAACUGAAGCAGAAGAAGAUCUUAGUCAACAAGAACAAAAUAAACUGAAUCUCUUAAAAAAGCAUGGUUAUUUAGUAGGAAGGGUUGGAAGAACAUUCUCAUAUUCAGAAGCACAGAAGGAUAAAGCUGCCUUUGAAUUUGAUGCAGAUUCAUUUGCCUUUGACAUGGGAAAUGAACCUGUUCUGGCUGCAGAUAAAUCCACCAAACGAGUAGAACUGACCCCAGAAGAUGUGAAAGAUGCCCACUGGUUUUAUGACACCCCUGGAAUUACAAAAGAAAAUUGUAUUUUAAGUCUUCUAACAGAAAAAGAAGUAAAUAUUGUAUUGCCAACACAUUCCAUUAUUCCAAGAACUUUUAUGCUAAAACCAGGAAUGGUUCUAUUUUUGGGUGCCUUAGGCCGCAUAGAUUUUCUGAAGGGAAAUCAGUCAGCUUGGUUUACAGUUGUGGCUUCCAACUUCCUUCCUGUUCACAUUACUUCGUUGGACAAGGCGGAUACUAUAUAUCAGAAGCACGCAGGUCAUACGCUACUAAAGGUACCAAUGGGUGGAGAAGAAAGAAUGGCAGGAUUUCCUCCUCUUGUUGCUGAAGACAUCACAUUAGAUGAAGGACUUGGGGAAUCUGAAGCAGUGGCUGACAUCAAGUUCUCCUCUGCAGGUUGGGUAGCAGUAACACCGCAGUUUAAGGACACACUGACCCUCCGAGGCUAUACACCUCAAGGAACAGUUCUGACAGUCCGGCGCCCUCUCUUGCCACAUAUAGUUAACAUCAAAGGAAAGCGCAUCAAGGGAAGUGUGGCGUAUAAAACCAAAAGGCCUCCUGCUCUUGUGUACAACCUGAAGAAAAAAAGAUAGAUACGUGAAGCUGACCUGUUCACAUUGAAGAUGAACUAUAUAGAACAUUCUGUGUGUAUCACACCGCAUUUUAUUAAAUACUGCUAUAAU